AUAAAAGGCGAAGGAGUGGGUGCCGUUUGGGCAAGUGUACACUUCAACCCUUCACAGCAAAGCACACACUCUCUUCGUCUUCUCCGCCAUCUCAGAUCCGUCUUCUUCCUCCUCUCUUCUCGCCGAUCAUUCAAUGGCUUCUGUCACCGGAUCCUCCCUCUCCGUCUCCUUCAACCAAAUCCAGGGGAUCCGCAAGGCAUCGAAUGUGAAGGCCAUUUCCUUCUCCUUCAAUGGGAACAAAUUCCCGUCUCUCCAACUCCGCCCAGUUACUCGCCGACUUGUUGCCACUUUUGCGGCCAAACCCGAAACUGUCAGCAAAGUUUGUGAAAUUGUGAAGAAGCAAUUGGCUCUUACCCCUGAUACUGAGGUUACUGGAGAGUCUAAAUUUACAGCUCUUGGUGCUGAUUCUCUUGACACUGUUGAGAUUGUGAUGGCGCUUGAGGAAGUGUUUGGAAUCACAGUUGAAGAAGACAGUGCUCAGACUAUUGCAACCGUUCAAGAUGCUGCAGAUUUGAUUGAGGAUCUCAUAACCAAGAAGGCUUAAAUUGGAUCUAAACGUUUUUUUUCAGAUUCUGCAAUAGUUUAUUAGUGGAGUCUUCACCAUGAGUCCUUUUCCUUUUAAUUAUAAUAUAUUUGUGGUCUAUUAAAAACUUUUAGUUAUAUUUCAGUUUCGUUUCAUUCCUUAUAUUUCUCUCUUUUUGGUUCAAUUGAACUGUAACCAAAGCAUAAAUCUUGAGGAUAUUAUUUGUCUCGUUUGUCCAUUUUAUCCCUUCUCCUUGUUUCCCUGCAAGUCCCUGCCUUUGCUUUUUGUACCCUUUUUAUGGUGUUUGUUUCACUUAUUGCCAUUAAUUACCUUAGACAGAAAUUCAUAAACAAACAGCAUUUUA